AUGUCAUAAGCCAAAGGAUAGACAAGCACAUACAAAAUUUUACCAUAUUAAUUCAUACAUGUCUUGGAUUGCAAUUCGAAUGUGACUAGAGUUGAGAUAGGCCCGUAAACUUUUAUUCGUCAAGACCAUGAAUAAGUUACGUCUGGUUAACAACCUCAAAAAAUGGUUGUGCUCCCAAAACAACACUAUUGCAUCAUUGAAAACCCAAUUGUGAAGGAUAAAGAUGGUUAGCCUACUAAGGAUCGAUAUGGUCAAUUUGUCGUUCUGCAUGGUGAACGAGAGAUUCGUUUCUUCGAGCAGUACAGCACUCCAUUCCCCCUUUUCCCAAAAGAAAACCUUCUUCAAUAGCCUAAAAAGCUCACAGUUGUAAAGGAAGGAAGUGCCUUGAAAAUAGAGGCACAACGUAACUUUAAAUAGGGAGAAAAUAAUAUUUUGGCAGGUGACUAGUACCUAUUCAAAGGUCCAGCCACUUAUUAUCCAAGAAUUGAGGAAAAGAUCUUGGGAUAAAUCGAUUCCAUUCUAAUUAAAGAGAAUUAAGCAAUUCUUAUCAGAGCAAAAUAAGAAGAAAAUGAUUCUAAUGGAGUUGUCAGAAAAUCAGGAGAGCAGUGGUUGAUUAGAACACCUGGAUACUAUCUUCCUUAAGUUUAUGAGGAGUUUGUCAAGAUAAUUGAUGCUGAGAUUUUGGACAAUCGCAAGGCAUUGCAUUUAAAAGCAAUUCAGACUUUCAAAGAUGUUUAUUCAAUUGAGAGAAAGGCAGGAGAGGAAUAUUUGAUAACAUCUGAACAGACAUCUGCACACAUAGUGGAUGUGUUUGAAGAAUUGGUCACUGUGAUAAAUUUGACCAUUUUAGAUCCAAGACAAUAUUGUAUAAUAGAGAAUCCAUUUGAUUUUGAAACUCAAAGAAACAAAUUUGGAUCCAAAGUGCUUGUUGAAGGUCCAAGAAGCUUUUUCCUUAGACCCAAUGAAUCUUUGCAAUAUGGAAUUCAAGAUUCCUACAUCUUAUCAGAGGAUCAAGCAUUGCUUUUGAGAGCAAAAGAGAAAUGCAAAUUCACUGAGAAGAAGUUGGCUAAGAACAAUUAAUUUGAAGAAGUUGAAGUGGACUAUGAACCAGGUAAUAAAUGGAUGAUUCAUGGACCAUGCAUCUACACACCUCCCAUUGUAGUGGAAGUGAUUGAGAAGAGAGAGAGAAUUCCUCUUGACAAGAAUGAAGGUGUGUAUGUCAGAGACACAAGAACAGGUUAAGUGAGAACUGUCUUUGGUGAAUCCUAUAUGUUGAAAUCCCAUGAGGAAUUAUGGUCUAUGGAAUUGCCAAACAACGUUGAAUAAUUGUUGUCAUCUCAAUAUUUCCAUACAGGUGGAAAGAGAGACAAAUGGAAGGUUGUUAGUUACAGAGCUCCCUUCAAUACAUCAGUGUAGGUCUAUGAUUACAAGACCAAGAAGACAAGAAUUGUAUUUGGUCCUGCUUUGGUAUGUUUAGAACCAGAUGAAGUAUUUACUCAAUUAUCUUUGUCUGGUAAAACACCAAAGACUCCUGGUGUUAAUUCUCCACUGAUGAAAUCACUGUUUGAAACAUCCGAUCAUGCUGUCUUGAAAUUACUCUUAGCUUACAAUUGGAGAUUUAAGGUAGAUGAAAAUAACAUUGAAUCAGCCUCCCAGAUCUUUGCAGUCAAAGAUUUCAUUGGAGAUCUCUGUAAUCAAAUGGCUUCUAAAGUCAGAGCUGCUGUUGCCUCUGUUGUUUUCGACAAAUUCCAUAAGACCUCUGCCAAACUCAUCAGAACAGCCAUCUUCGGUACUGAUGAAAAUGGCAAAAUCAGAAAGGAAUAUCUGAUGGUGAAGAAUAAUCUAGUCAUUACUAAUGUAGAUAUCAAAACAGUCGAACCAGUGGACAACCAAACUAGAUAGAGUCUUCAAAGAUCUGUUUCUUUGGCUAUUGAAAUUUCAACCAAGAAAUAGGAAUAGGCUGCUUAACACGUUGCUGAAUAACAAGAACAAUAAGCUUAGGGUGAAUUAGAUUAAUUGAGAAUUGAAGACGAUCUCAAAGCUGAAGCUGCUAAACAGAAAUUGCUUGAAAUGGAAAACAAAUCACAAGAAGUUACUUAAUAAGGAUCUGCCAUUGCAGAAGCUGAAGCCAUUGCCAAGGCUGAACAAAUCAAAGCACAAAAGGAAUAUGAAUUGGCUCAAUUGAGAGCAAGAGCCAAUAAGAUUGAAAAGGAAGCUGCUUUGAAACAAAAGCAAAAGGAACAAGAUCAAACCAUCAAGUAUGAACAAGAGAAGGCUGAACUUGAAAUCAGAAGAGCCAAGGAACUAGCUACAAUCGAAUCCAAUAAGUUUGAGCAAAUCAUCGAAGCCUUAGGACAAGAUACCCUUAUUGCCAUGGCCAAUGCAGGACCAGAAAUGCAAGCUGAGUUGCUCAAGGGAUUGGGAUUAUAAGGUUAUAUCUUCACUGAUGGUAAUAACCCUAUAAACUUGUUCAAUGGAGCCCAACAGUUAAUUGGAGGAGCAUUGCCUUAAUGAUAUUAUACAUAAAUCAUUAAA